AUGGCCAAGAAGAACAGGAGGAAGAGGUACAGAAGAGGAAGAUCAAGGAGAUUGCGUCAAGAAUCUGAAGUUGACCCUGACGGUGAAUUGAUUGUCCCAGGAAAAGGGUUUCAUGAACCUGAACCCGACGAAGUUGAUGAUAAAGUUCAGCCUGAAGAUGCACCGAAUAUCCAAGAAGAAUGGGCUGAUCCCAAUGCUGAGGGUGACAAUGAAUUGAUCAAUAUCCCAGAAGAAGAGGUUGAUCCCAAUGUUGACGGAGACAAUGAAUUCAAUAUCCAGGAAGAAUUGGUUAAUGAUGACGGCAUUGAUGAAUUGAAUGUCCCAGGAGAAGGGGUUCAAGGAAAUGUUAACGGUGAUGAUGGAUUAAAUGUUCCAGAAGAAGGGGUUGAGGAUAAUGUUGCAGAGGUCAGAGAUGAUGGUCAUGGUGAUCAAGGAAAAGGAAUUCGUCAUUAUGGUGCUGAUGAUGAUAUGCCUGAGAAGCAUCUUGAUGAUGAUCUGAAGUACAAUGAUGACGAACACGAACGUCAAAUUGAAUUCUUUUUAAUAAUGCAAGAAAUGGAUAAGUCCUGCUCAAGUUUUCGAGGCGGCCAUGAAUUUUUGAAGAAAGAAAUGAAGCAGGCUGUAAAAAUUGUUCCCCCUGAUUGGAUCCGGAACGUGAUUUGUUGGGUUUUACACCUUCCAGGCGACGAUGAAGGUAAUCCACCGGCAAAAUAUAGCUUCCUGGACGCGGGAACUUCGUCUGAUCAAGCCGAGGAUGAAGAUCUUGAAGAAGCUGUCCCUGAAAAUCCAGCCGGGUUACAAGCUUUAGAUGAUGAACAUGGAGAGGUCCAUCAUGAUGGAGAGAUCGACAACAUAGAACAAGGAACAGAGGCAAAUAUUAGGAACGUGAUAGUUGAUAGUUUGUAUCUGGAAAGGGAGAUGAGAAUUCGAAAACGGGAUCAUUCUGAAGCUCAAUCUUCUUCUGCUAUGAAAGUUACCGCAAGCAGGUCUUAUGUCUGUUUGCAAAACGGCUCAAAGAAGCGGCUGAUCACCCGGCCACAUAAGAUUGGAUGUGCCGUUUGUGGUUUUAAGAAACUUCCUGAAUACAUGGCUCGAGCUUCUUGCAAAUGCAGAGGCUAUUUCAUCUGUGUGAAGGAUUGUCUAAUCAAUUUGGCCAUGGCAGAGGCUCAGAAGAACAUUCAAAUUAUUUGCACAGACUGCAAAGCUCACUUGCUUGAAGAGAGGCUUGUACCCAGGUUGCUGCAAUGGCUUGCAACCAGAUCCCGGAAUUGA